UGUGUAUAAAUAGCUCGCAUCAGCUCAUAUUUCUUCAUCCCCAUAAACUCAACUCAUCACAAAAACUACAAAACAACAACAUGAAUCCUACGUUUUACUUCGUUCUUGCAUCAACCCUAGUUUUGGUUACAAACACAUAUGGUGCUGUUCUUGACACCGACGGCGACAUCAUUUUCCGUGGCAGUUACUAUGUUCUCCCCGUCGUCCGCGGCCGAGGAGGCGGCUUGACUCUAGGCGGCCGCGGUGGGGAGCUAUGUCCUUACGACAUCGUGCAAGAAUCAUCUGAACUCGACGAAGGUAUUCCCGUUAAAUUCUCGAACUGGAGACCUAGAGUUGCGUUUGUUCCUGAGUCACAAGACCUUAACAUCAAGACGGACGUUGAAGCUACGAUAUGCUUCCAGUCAACAUACUGGAGAGUCGGUGAGUUUGACGAGGAGAGGCAGCAGUAUUUCGUGGUGGCUGGUCUACAAGACGACUCACCCAACAGUUUCUUCCAGAUCGAAAAAUCUGGAGAUGAUGCUUACAAGUUUGUGUUCUGUCCUCGUACUGGUGAUUCUGGUCGUCAAUGCAGGAACGUUGGAAUAUUUGUGGACGAAAUAGGCGUUCGGCGUUUGGCUUUAAGGUCUGAGCCGUUCUUGGUUAUGUUCAAGAAAGCUAAUGUUACCGAGAUAUCAUCCGAGACUAUGUGAGACUUUGUGAUAGGACAAACUCUCGAUCUUUACUUUAGACUCGAUCAACUAGUUUGUAAUUCGCAUUUCUGUCAUCAAUAAAAGGAGUACUAUCAACUAGUUUGUAAUUCGCAUUUCUAUCAUCAAUAAAGAGAUCAAAUUACUAUGUCUA